AUGGCCCCUUCCCCGACGACCAUCGCCGCCAACCUCAGCGAGGCCCUCAAGCAGGCCUUCGGGACGACCCCCGAGAACAUGGCGGUCGCGGCCGACCAUGUGGCCGAGCUCGCCGCCGGCGCCAAGGACGUCGGCAGCUUGACGGCCCUCCUUAAUGAGGGGCUGACCUCGACGGAUGCGAACCAUCGGCAGAGCGCAUGCGUCGUCGUCAAGACGAUCGCCGAGAAGAAGGUCGCUCGCCUGGAGCCGUACGUGACCCCGGUGCUUGGGCACGUCCUCGACUUGUACACGGACAAGAAGAUGCAGGUCCGCGGCCCCGCGGCCGAGGCCGCCAAGGCGAUCGUGCAUGCGACGAACCGGAACGCGAUCCGUGUGCUCCUCCCACAGAUCUUUGGCGGCAUGGACCGUACGAAGAAGUGGCAGACCAAGGCCGGCGCGUUGGAUCUGAUCAACGAACUCGCCGAGCUCCACCCCGUCCAGAUUGACGCGGAAGAGUCGGUCGACGCAUUUGGUAACAAGGUCGUCACCAAGGUCAAGCGAAAGCUCACCCGCAAAGAGCUCAAGGCCAAGCUCAAGGCCAAGAAGGACGCCGAGAAGCGUGGCGAACACUUCAGCGACAGCGACUUGGACGGCCUCGAGGACUAA